GUUGUUUGAAAUUCGAAUUAGUCAUUUUCGCUUGUUUGGUGUUGCUGUCCUCUGACUUUGAAAAUGGCACAGAGGAUCUUGGAACCAUUCAAAAGAUUGCCCCACCAAUUGCAAAAUCUUGAAAUUGUUAAGCGAAUACAUGAUUACACACUUGGAAAACAUACUGAUGGUUACUCUUGUCACCAGUCGUCUGCUUAUGGAUGUCUGGAGUCUCCAAGCGCUUUGGCUUUCGACGAAGUUCUUGGCUUAUUAGCUGUAGGAACAAGUAAAGGAGUAAUAAAAAUAUAUGGCUCACCGGGCAUUGUUUUCGCUGUCCAACGAGAGGGCUCUCCGAUUAUUUCUCUUUUGUUUUUACCAGGCGAAGGGCGGAUUGUUUGCGCUUCGACUGACGGAACGUUAGAUCUUUUUGAACUAGAUUCUAGAUGUGGACGAUGGUCACCAACUAGCCAUGUGAAAGUUCAGCAAACCGGUGAACAAGAUCUUAUUACAUGUAUGUGUCUUGGUCAUGGUAUUAUUUACAUUGGUUCUGCAAACGGUACACUGCGUCAAGUUGCGGUUAAAGAUGGUCAUAUGACACUAGGAGAUGAUGCACUCACUGCAUGUACAAGUUCAAUUAUCAGCGAUAGUGUCCCCGCAGACAAGCGAGAUCAACUUGGGGUAGACUCUCCCAUCAUAUCCCUUGAAUUACAACCUCAAGGUAAUCAUCUGCUGGUUGCAUACGCAGGCGGCUGUGUAGCAGUGGCUAUUCCUCAGCCUAUCCCAUCAGAAAGCGUUACACAGCCAGCUGCUCCGGCGGAUGGUGUCACUGCUCCUACAGCCCAGGGGGAAGUUGUUACUCCGAAUGUUGUUGAUGAGUUGGCCCCAACUAUUUCCCAAGAAACUCAGGGCGAAGCAACACCGGGCGACAAAACUGAAGUAAAUGGAGAGAAGUCUCAGCAAGUUUCAAACGACAGUGCUGUCGAGUCAACUCCUAGUACUCCUGCAAAGGGACAUUCGGAGAAGCGAUCAACCUUAAAGUUUAAGGCGUUAACACGUAGCUUGAGACCUGAUGCGUCUAAAGCAGAGAAAGAAGAACCAUCAUUGCCUGUACCUCCAGCUCCUCGUAUCAGUCAUUUACUGCUUCGCGACCAACCAGUUGAAUGGGCCUCAUGGCGUGUUACAUCCGUAGACUCUUUAUCUACUGAAGUUGUAGUUGCUUAUGGUGAUGGUGCAUUUCAGAUUUGGCCUAUUGUUGCAGCUGUUAGUGAUCAACCGUUUGAACCAAUUAUUGUAUCAAUGAUAGAUCCACCAAACACUCCAUAUGGUCCUCUACCUUGUGGCGCAAUAAAUAAAAUAUUGGUCAGUCCAUCUGCAAAUGCUGGUUUACUAACAGUGUUUUGUGGAGGUUUACCACGUCCCCAAUUCGAGAAUCGUUAUGCAGUGUCUGUCUUACAAGAUCAUGAACAUCAUGUUUGUUAUCAGUUUGGAUCAAAGGUCAUUGAUUUUGUACUUGUACCGAGUGAAGGAAGUGUAUCAAAUGAAACGGUUUCAGGUGAAGUUGUGACGAAACCUUGUCCACCUAGUUAUUCUGCUACAUUAUUAGUGCUUACUGAACGUGAACUUGUUGCGAUUGAUUUAACUCAACCCGAUUGGCCUGUCUACGAUUCACCAUAUCUUAAUUGUAUGGAUUUCACUCCGGUUACAGCUAUAACUCAUAUAGGACAGGUUCCACCAGCUCUAAUCCAUCGGCUACACCAAGCUGCUCAGAUAACUUCAGAUGAUAUUACCAAUUGUUCAUGGCCAGUAUGGGGCGGGUCUCAUAAUGGUAACAAGAAGAAUUUUGCACAAAAUUCUGGAAAUGACGUUAUCGUCCUUGGACAUUCAAAUGGAUGGGUUACUUUAUGGGCAGUUGGUCGAGGAGAUACUACAAUUCAUCUGGGAACUUUACCAACUUCAUCUUUGUUUAAUUUAACUGAUUUGCAAAAUGGUCAGAAGUGUGGAAAUUCGAUAUUGGACGAAGAAACGUGGCCACCUUUUCGUCCAGUUGGUUAUUGUUCUCGAGCACAACGUCAAUCUAUCGAGAAUUGUGAUCCACGCUUGGCUAUUACACAGUUACUUGUUUUACUGGGAAGUCCAAUCCGAUCAGGUGUUAGCGAUUCAAUUGCACCGGAUACAUUGACACUCGUUGUGGGUGGUGCUGGUGGUCAAGUGAGCCUAUGGGUUGCUGGUUCAGAAGGAUUUUUGCAUGCACCGGAACUUAGUUCUUUUGAGCCUGAUGUAUUCAGAAUAUGUGUUAACCUCAUUGAUCAUUCAGAUGAGAAUAAAUAUAUUUGGAAAGAUGCUUUACCUCUUCGACCUACCGAAGGUGUCCCUCAUUAUUGCACACCAACUGGACUAACAUUUCAUCCCUGUCAACUUAUUCAAUUAAAUCCUCCUAGCCAGAUUACAUCUCUUGCAUUAGAGUUGUCUUGGAAUCUAUUGGCCAUUGGUUCUUCACACGGAUUUGCUUUGUUAGACUUAUUUGAUCGUUCUAUAAUCCAUGCUCAUUUCACUUACGAUUCAUCAGGUCCUGCAAAGAUUGUUAAUGCUGUUGCUACUGUACAAAAUGUCAUAAUGGCUCGAGGAAGACAGCUUACAUCAACAAUGAGACAAUCAUUUAGACGUUUAAAACACUUUCGUACUUCAACAGCGAGCUCUGAGAAAACUUCGAGCGAGCCUACUGCACCAGCUGAUGAACAACAAACAACGCUGCAACAAACCGAAAAGAGUCUUGACGAAACCUCACCUAAAGAUGAAGCUAAAGAACAAGAUCAACCUGUUGAACCAUGUGAAAAAAAAGAAAUCCAAGAAAAUGUUGAAGUUGUAGGAGUAACAGAGCAACCAACAACUUCUGUAGAAUCUGAAGAACCGAAACAACAAUCAAUAACGGAUAAUGCUGAGGUUGAUGUUCCUCCUGAACCUAUUCAACUGAGCCAAGAGGAUAUAGUAUCUUCAGCUGUUCGUUGUCUCCUGUUUUCUGAAACUUAUAUUCAAGUGGGAGACCGUGCUCCUUCUGUCUGGGUCGGUACAGCUUCAGGUAAAGUGUUGGCUUUUGAUUUGUCAUGGAGAGGUACUGCCGGACCCGUUAAAGCAACAUUGUCGAAGGAAUUACAAUUACAUCAUCACUCUCCGAUUGUUUCAUUGUAUAUCAUCGAUGCAGUUGAUCAUGGACCGAUUAUGCAUAGCCAGGUUUACAGGAAUUCGUGCGUCGAAUCAGAUGAAAGCAAUGAAAAACAAGAAUCUACUCAACCGUCAGAACCUCCUGCUGAAGUUUCUAUGGAUGGUGGCAAAGAUACUGAAACUCCUAUUCAAUCAACAUCAGCUACACAGGAUAUGCAUCAGUUACUUUUGUGUUCUGAGGAACAAGUUAAAUUGUUCAGUAUACCUUCACUUCGUCCAAUUUAUAAGCAUAAAUUCAUUGAUCGCCUUCGUAUGCUUGGUAUGUCAGUGACUUCCGGUGCUGGUUCAUCUUCUAAACCAGAGAAGGAAGUGACCGAAGAAGCAGCAGAUACAGUUGUCGGUGAGAGCGAGGUUGUAUAUGUGAACACAAGCCAGAUUAAUCCCAAACGUGUGACAGGGUUUGGCCUGCAGAAUUUUACUUCUGGAUCCGGAGAAAAUGCUAAACUCGAAUGGAAUGCUGUUGCAACGCUACUGGAUGGACAGAUUGCUGUACUAUCUUUGCCUAACCUUCGUAAAGUAUUCAAGGAACGCUGUUAUUCUGGCUAUCUACCGUCAUCUACACUUCCCUGUGUUGCCACACGUACGUAUAACACGCAUGUCUUCUGGUCCAUAGGAUGUCGUCUUUUAGUAUCCGAACUCAAUCCUAUUCCUUUGUUGAAUUCAUUCGCAGCACCAGUUAGUGAUGUUAUAACAGAUGACUUUAUUGCAAUCCAUUUACCCGAAUGGGCUAGAACGACUAGUAAAGAUGUACCAGUGGAAAAUGAAAAUUUAAAAACAUCCAACCAGACAAACUUGGUUUCUGAACCUCUCCAGAAUACUGGGAAUAUUACCACUGACGAGAAAACGAAUGGUUGCUCACCUGUAGUAGAAGAGGAGAUUAUACCAACGAAUAAGAUGAAUGAUACUAUACUAGAGAAUGGUCAGAAUAUUGGUGAUGUUACAUUGGAUUCUAUCAAGGAAUAUUUGAAUGGCACUGAUGUAACAAUGGUUGUAAAAACAACUGAAAUGUCUACUGAGAAGCGUACUCUUGUAGAAGGUGGAAAAAUUACAACUACCGUUCAUGAAGUAGAGAAGGUUGAUGGAAAAAUUACAAAAGACGACGUUGUCAAGUUUGUCGCUGAUGGUGAACCGGAGGUGGUGAGUAUUACAGGUCAGUUUCAUAAAACAGGUUAACUUAUUGAUUUGAUACUAUUGAUGGGAUUAGGAAAUCCUGCUUUUGAUUUUAAACUCUUGAAUUUUCUUGUUGUAGUAUCUUAGGCUAUGGCGAUUGAUAAUGGUGUUUCCGAAGUAUUUUCUGUUUUCAUACCCAGUAUCUUGUUUUUAUUAAAUUUCGAGCAUUGAAUUACCGGUAUUAUUUUCAUAAAUAUACAGUGAACGAACUGCAACUUUUAACAAAUGAUCGUCAGGUUAUAUGUGGUGAUAAAUUGUACAUGAUUUAAAUUGUCACAUCGUUUACACUGUUUAUGAUGUUUAAGUUUUGAGAAUUUAUUGGUUGGAUGUGAAGCAAUUAUUUAUCCAUCACAGGCUUAGUGGUGUAGAUAAAACGUCAUGUUCGUACUCUAGACUGAAUGUUCUGCGUUCGAUUCACGGUUUUGGAGAUCAUGGUUACACACCGUUCAGUGUUUCAGGUUUACAGUGAUGGUCUAGCUAAGAUAUUAGUUCGUGGUUUAAACCACAAGAAGUUUUCUAAAGGUUUCACUGCCGAAUUUUAAAUUACUUUAUUGUUUAUACUGGGGCGUAAUCUACUAUCUAGUUUAUUGUUUAAAUUUCCCUAGAAAAAGCAGAUUGUUAAGAUUUGUGUGGUCAAACCAUAGUUUUUCCAUACAUUGAAAUCUAAUAUUUUCUGUCUAUUACAGUUUAUGGAACUUUGUCUAGAUUUAGUAGUUUUUUGUUUGCUAAUUACAUAUAUUAAUUCUUUAAGACAUUUCAAUGGAAUUCCUCUAAAUUUUAAUAGUUAUUCAACUACUCGAUGUGUUGUCCUUCAGGUUCAUACAGGAAACUGAAAAUGUAAGACCGAUUGUGAAUUUAUAAGUAGUGUGUUUAGAACCAACAAAGUAUAUACUUGUGAAUAUGGGUAACGUAUAAGUAAACUAUAUUCACGUUUUACAUUACACCAAAAAUAAAAUAAAUCCAAACUACUUGGUUGGGGUUCGCCUAAUUAUUGUAAUAAAUAAUGGUUAAAGAUGUUGGAUCACUUGGCUAAGAAUCAGUCACAGUGAUGCAAAUACCAUUUUUCCCCUUAUACAUUUCAUUCUUCUUGAAUCAUGUUAUGUAUACUGAAUCUUUUCUUUUACUACCAUUGAUGCGGUUGUUAUUUCGAACAUGCUCUAUGUUUCAUGUAAUGUUAUAGCAGUUUGGACUUAUUUUUUUAAGUUCUACAUUGUUUAUAACUGACUAAACAUCCCACUAAUUUGAACUUGAAACGAAAAGCGUUUUUUCUCGGAUUUAUAUUCGCGUUUGUUAUCUGGUGUUUUGAUUGUUAUAAUACGGGGUUGAUAUACGUUAUUAAUUUGAAAGUUUUUCUUUUCUAUUGUUGAUUUUAGGCACUGUUUAACUAAGCAAAUUAUCGGUCGAUCACAAUUGCCACUGGAAUAUAUUACUUUAUCUUUGUUUAAUUCAAUUUAAUAUUAUUUAUGUCGUCAUGACAUUAUUUUACCAUUAUUGAUUCUCAUUUUCCUCUUCUGCUUAAAUCGACUCGUCUUAUGCUCAUAUGUUUGUCCCCCGUGUAUUUCGCGUUGACUCUUUGUUGCCUCCCAUCGCAAUUAUCGCUUCUCAACUGAUGAUGAUGUGAUUAUCGGUGCUUUUGUGUCCUAGUCGGUACAAUUUACCGGUGGUCAUUAAUUUUUUUGUUUUAUUGCGUGUUAUUUUCGGUCUUUUGUGCCUUUAUUUUUAAUCAAAGGAAAUUUUCUCUUUUCUCAUUCUUUUUGCCAUUUUUAAAAAUUUCUCUUCUAUGUGCUGUUCUAUUGUUUGAUGUCUUGGCAUCAACUGUAUGAACCAUUUCUCGUUUCUUUCUUGUUAUUACUCACAUGUUUAUGCAUUCACAUACAAUUAUAAUACAUAACUUGACAGCCUAUCUGCUCCCUAGUUUUGCUAGUCAUAACUAUGUUGUGUCAAUGUAUAUCACACUUAACAUAUUUUUCAGCUUUAUGUUAUAGUCUGUUCUAGAUCAUGUGUUUGGUGUGCUGACUAGUGUACGCUAAGUUAUCUUAAAAUUUUUAUACUACCCUUUAAAUAUACUGAAUCGUAUUCUGUAAACGUGGAAAAUUUUAUUCCUAUUUUGUCCUGUUUUUAUCCAGUUGCGCUACAUUUACAUCUUUGUCUGGGUGUUUUGUCUACUCUGGUAACAAUGUUUGUACAUGUAUACCAGCUCAUAUGCUCCUGUUUGUAUAACUUGUUUUGUAUACUGUUGACCAUCAUCAGCACUACUUCUGUAUGCUCUAUACACAUCAUAAUUAUUCGUUUCUGUUUAACUGAUCUCUUGACAUAAAAACAACAUACGUACAUAUAUCCACACACAGUCAUUAUCAAUCGCACAUAUAUGCUACACCAGAUACUACUUACUACCUAAUAUAGCGCAUAUAUACGCUUAUAAAUAUGGCGCAUACAUGUCAACGGUAAUAAUAACCAACUCUAACAAUUUUAACAAAAUUUACAUGUUUUACAAGUUUCUGUUUUGUUUUGCUUCUUUUAAUCGUUAAAUGUUUCUCAUUUUGUUUUUAUUUCACUCUAAUCAUGAUAAGUUGUUAGCGAAUGUAAACGUAUAUUCCUUUUAUUAUCACUAUUCAAUAUUACUAUUAUCUUAUUGUUAUUAAAACUAUAUGCGAAUAAACAUUUUUCUGUC